AUGGCUGUAAAGCUGGUCAUCUUUUUCGUCUCGGUUUCAAAUAAGAUAAUUAAUAAGAAAACUCGUUUGAUCUUUACUUAUAGUGCAAGCGAUCGUAUGUAUUGGGAUGGUUGGAGGGAUAAGGCCAUGUUCUUUAGGCCGGACGGCAUUUUUACAAGAGGAAAUGUGUACAUUAACCCUGGUGAUGAAAUAUGCAUUGUCGUACUACUCGGUCCGAUACCAGCCAAAUCUAUAACAACAACAUCCAACGCGAAAGCAUCUGACCACUUAGGUCCACAAGAUAGCAUUGUUAUGUUUGCCGUAGGAAAUUAUACCAAAAAAAGCAUUCAAUUAGAACAACAUCACAAUCAACCCAAUGUUUAUUUUGCUUCUGUUUCAUUUCUUUUUCCCGACAACUAUUACUUGAACGUCAGCAGCGAAUAUCGAUCUUAUUUUUGGGAGAUACCAAUAUUGCAUCAAUAUCGUCCUUUCCAUUAUAGAUCAUCCAAUUACCUUGUUGUUCAGCAGCAGCAGCAGCAGCAGCAGCAGCAGAGGCAAUUAUUAUCUAACUGUUCCAAUUAUCAUAAAAGUAGUAGCAGUAGCGAUAAUAGGUUAUCAGGAACUUGGGUAAAUCCUACUGCAAUGAUGCAAUUACUCAAUCAUGAAUAUUAUAAAGAUCUAUAUCAACGUUUUCACGCCGCCUAUGAAAGCACGAUUGUGAAUGAUUUCAAGGAAGCAGAUAAAGUGUUUAUACCAGACGAUCCAUGUCAGCUUCAGUUCAAAAGUCUAGGAUACACUAUAUCACAAUGCUUAAACCAGAAAGUUUUACACGCAUGGGGAGACAUUCAGUUGAAAAGGAACUUAAAAGCGGUAGCCUUCAGUGGCCAUCGACAGUGUAAUGUAGAUCCGAAGAAAACGAAAGAGAUAGACGAUGGCGAACAUAUCAUAGAGCCUGAAUGUGUUUGCAAUAAUAUCGAUGAGGAGGAGGAAGAAAAGUCAUUAUACCCAUGGAUUCAAAACUCUUCAAUCCCUUAUAUCCUUGAUAACGCAUGGCGUGUCAAUACAAGCAUAUAUUAUAAUGCUCUAUCGGACUACAACAUUGUUGAGCAUUCAGAAACAAUUUUAGAACACAUGACCAAAAGCCAAGAGACAGCAGCAACGGCAGAUGUGAUUGUUCUGGGCAUAGGCAAUAACGAAAUCAAGCAUUUGAAAAUCUCGCCCAAAGAGUUUAUGGUGGCCUUUGAACGAUUUUUAAAGGAGGUCAGGCGAAACAUUUAUUCCCGUCAAUUGAUGAUUAUACGUACGCCCCAGUUUUUCUGUUGUAGCAUUAUUAGAGGAACUGCUUGGAAUACUGGACGUAGUUCGGCUUUCACAGAAGCAAUAAGGAGGACGGUAGAAUCUCUUAAUGACGAUAAGAUCAUUUUAUGGGACGUACAUAGUCUGGGCACAGACGACACAAUUUGUUCCACAACAGCUUAUAGUAGAAGAAAUGUCAUUAAUCUAGAAAAUCAGCUCUUGUAUCAAUCAAUAUGUUCUACCUCUUAA